AUGCAGCUUGUAGCCGUUGCGAGCUCCAGUACAUUUGCCAACUCUAUCAAGAGGAGUAUUUCGUCUGAAAAGAGAUGUCAUAUCUACAAUGGUCAUCGCGAGGUUGACACUAGUAUCAAUACUGCCAACAAAACAUCUUCUCGUGGAGGAGAUGUUGACGGAGCCAUUUAUCGUGCUGCUGGACCAUCCUUAUUGAGGGAAUGUCGAACUACAAACGGUUACAUGACUGGAUCAGCAAAGAUCAAAUGGCAGAUCUUGUCUGAGAUGAGUAUGAUGUCUGCCAGCGUGCUGACCUACACAUGCAGUGCCGAAAUCGGAUCGCUCCUGAAUCCUGGGUGGAAAAGGGCGACACAAGAUGAUAAAGUACGCCGGUCUUCCUUUGACUGGUCCGUCUUGUAUGUUUAUUGUAAAUGGUAUACCGGCAAUGGUAUACCGAUACUACAUGAAUGGUAUGAAUGGCAUGAGUGGGUGUACCGGCGGCCACAACUCCUCUCCUCUACCAGUGCCAACAAUCUGUUUACGGCUAAGAGACUCGCAUCAACCUCCGCCAGGGGUUCUGCUGCUACCAAAAUCACGAUUGAGACAUCUAUGCAGACCACCACACCACAACUUACACCCAGAACCUGUCCUCUUACCACAGCAUGUCUAUCUCAGUUCUUAGGAACUAUGACCGCUGGUUCGCAGACCAACGGUACGACAGAAGCUUAUCCGGAAUGGAAAGAGGGAGUGUUUCUCAACGAUACAGGGGAAAUAGUACCAGAUCGAGAAGUGAGAGUUUUUUGA